AUGAUGGCCAGAGGAAACCACACCCCCAGCGCUGAAUUUGUUCUUGCAGGGUUCUCAGAGCAGGGGGACGUCCAGGCUGUCCUUUUCGUGGUCUUCUUGGUGAUCUACAUGAUCACUCUGCUGGGGAAUCUGGGGAUGCUCGUGUUAAUCAGGUCGGAUGCCCAGCUUCACACCCCCAUGUACUUCUUCCUGAGCAGCCUGUCCUUCCUGGACAUCUGCUAUUCCUCCUCCAUCACGCCCAGACUGCUCGCAGAUCUCCUAACAGAAAGGAAGGUAAUUUCUUACUCUGCAUGCCUCAUACAGUUUUAUUCCUAUGCGGUCUUUGCCACCACUGAGUGCUACCUCUUGGCUGCGAUGGCAUACGACCGCUAUGUGGCCAUCUGCAGACCACUGCUCUACGCCAUCUCCAUGUCCAGCAGGGUUUGUGCACUGCUGGUAGUUGGCUCGUACCUUGCUGGGAUCGUGAAUGCCACUAUCCACACGGGGUUUGCUCUUCAGCUGUCCUUCUGUGGUUCCAACAUCAUCAACCACUUCUACUGUGAGGGGCCCCCGCUUUACGCCAUCUCUUGCGUGGACCCCACCAUCAAUGAGAUUAUGAUGUUCACCGUGGUUGGCUUCAACCUGUUUGUCACCAGUCUGACCAUCCUCAUCUCCUACAUCUACAUCCUUGCCACCAUCCUGAGGAUGCGUUCGGCCGCAGGCAAACACAAAGCUGUUUCCACUUGUGCAUCCCACCUGACAGCCGUGACCCUCUUCUAUGGGUCUGCUGCAUCCAUGUACUCACGGCCCAGCUCCAGGCGGUCCCAGGACCUUGACAAAGUGGCCUCUGUGUUUUACACUGUGGUGACCCCCAUGCUGAACCCCCUCAUCUACAGCCUGAGGAACAAGGAGGUGAAGGGUGCGCUGGGGAGAGUGAUAGAGAAGAAACGUUCAUCCCAAAAAUCGUUUUCUCUAGUGCUUCAGAGGAAUUGA